UUUUUUUUUUUUUUUUUUUUUGGGAUGUUUGAUUUCGAAUAAUUUUACUAAGGAAGGAAAAGGAGAAACUGAUUCUGUUAAAAAAUAUUAAUAAGAAAACCGCUACUUCAGUACACCGCUACUUGAAGUAGCGGUUUUCUAAUUAACCCGUUUUAAAAAUAAUUUCCACUGAACCGGUGACGUGGACGGUACGGUGAAAAUUAAAAAAGGAUUAGCUAUAAUUUGGGAAUUAGAUACUUUCUCAACAUUAUUUAGGAAAAGUGCUCUUUAAAAAACGGUGGAGUAGUUAUUAUCCAUAUAUACGGAUGUUCGCUUAGAAAUUCCAAAGCUCAAAGCGGCCCGUAACCUGAAUUUCCCCGCCAUAGCAGUUUCAAGCUCAAAUGACAAUGGCGGCUAUGUCAAUUCUUCCUUCUCGCUUUAUCAAAUGCUUAUCUCUCUCCUCAUCUUCUGCUCCUACCACCACCCUCCAGGAAAUCGCUUCUUCUUCUCCUCAAGGAAUUGCAAAGGUUGUUCUGAAGAAAGGAAAGACUCAACUCUUUAAGUAUGGAAGUCCUAUGGUCUAUAGUGGGGCAGUUGAUAGAAUAAUUGGUAGACCACCGCCCAAGACUGGCGAAGUUGUUUUGGUAGCCGAUGGAGCAGAAAUUCCAAUAGGAUGGGGCUUAUACAAUUCCGCUUCUAUGUUUUGUGUUCGUCUAAUGCAGUUAGAGGAGGAAGCUUCAAGAGACCCUACAUGUGCAUUGAACAUGGAGAGACUACUGGAGCAUAGAAUAAAUGCGGCCACAGAUUUACGAAGACAGUUAGGGCUCCCUUCUAUAAAUACAAAUGCGUACCGUCUUGUCAACAGUGAAGGAGACAGGUUGUCUGGCCUUAUUGUUGAUGUGUUUGGUGAUGUAGCUGUUGUUGCAUCUUCUGCUGCAUGGGUUGAGAAGUACAAACUAGAAAUAGAGGCUUUUAUCAAUAAAGUUGAUGGAAUACGUCAUAUAAACUGGAGACCUUCAGUUGACAUGUUAAAAGAAGAGGGUUUAGACCUUUUGCAGUUGAAGCAUACACCUGUUGCUCCUCUUCCACAAGUAGAGGUGAAGGAAAAUGGAAUUAUAUAUGCUAUUUCACUCACGGGACAGAAAACAGGAUUUUAUGCUGAUCAACGUGAAAACCGUCAGUUCAUAGCAACAAUUGCCGAAGGCAAGAGGGUCCUUGAUAUAUGCUGCUAUAGUGGCGGAUUUUCUCUUAAUGCAGCACGUGGUGGUGCUGUGUCAGUAACCGGUAUUGAUUCAUCGAUGCCUGCUCUGGAGCUUGCAGAAAAAAAUGUUGUACUCAAUGGCCUAGAAUCUGAGAGGGUAACAUUUUUGAAGCAAGAUGCAUCUGACUUCAUGAAGAAAGCUGCUGCUAGAAACGAGACAUGGGAUAUUGUCAUUUUAGACCCUCCUAAACUGGCUCCACGGAAAGAGGUUCUACACAAUGCAUCUGGAAUGUAUAGGAAUCUAAAUGCGUUAGCUAUGAGAUUGACAAGAAAGGGUGGUAUCUUAAUGACUUGCUCGUGUUCUGGUGCUAUGACACAGAGUGGGUUGUUCAUGAGUGUUAUUCAGGGUGCAGCAGCAAUGGCGGGAAAAAAGGUGACUGUACUUCGGCAAGCUGGAGCAGCAUGUGAUCACCCUAUUGACCCAUCCUACCCAGAAGGAGCAUACCUUUCCAACAUCAUGCUCAGAGUUCUAUAAGAAGUGUGUUGUAGCUUGUAGGCAACAAAUUCGUCAAGGAAUGAUGUAAAAACUUGUAUUCAUAUAAUUAUACAUAACACAUUUCCCUCA